AUGAUGCUACAGGUGGAGAUGCUCUUGAGGGAGUCCAACUGUUCAGAAAUCCCCAAACUACUGUUGAAAUACUACGUCUCCCCCGUGUAUGCUGUGGAGUUUGCCGCUGGCUUCCUGGGUAACCUAUUUGUGAUCCUAGGCUAUGUGUUCUGCCUGCCUUCUUGGAAAUCUACAAAUGUGUACAUGUUUAAUCUGGCAAUUUCAGACUUCGUUUGCCUAGGCACUUUACCACUGCUGAGCUACAACUAUUCAAACGACCAACAGCUCAGACCUGUUGGCUGUGUGGUUGUUCGCUACAUUCUCCAUGUUAACUUGUACACCAGUAUCAUAUUUAUGGCGUGGGUGGGUGUGGACCGAUCAUUACUGGUCUGGUACCCACAAAGAAACCACUUCCUGUUGACUUGGAAGGCCUCCUUGUUUAUCAGUUUCCUUAACUGGAUUUGGGUGACACUUGAACUUACUCCUUUCUUCGUCUUUAUUAUCAAUGACCUAAAAGAAUCCAACUGGACCAACUGUAAAGAUUUUGCCAGCAUGUCCCAUCCCGCCCAGGUCCUGACCUACAACUUGUUGCUCACCACCGUAGCAUAUGUGCUACCGCUGCUGACCUUGCAUCUGUUUUCAAGUAGGAUGGUUUCUCUGCUCAAAAAGAGAGAGGAAGUGCUCGGGACAUCUUUCCGUAAGCCAAUGAGCAUUGUGAAAGCUGCAACGGUAAUGUUGUUCGUGCUCUACAUGCCGUUUCACUUGAUGAGGAUCGUUCGCCUUGCAUCACGGCUUCCUGGAUUGGGUCUGCUGCAAUGCACACAAGACUACAUUGAGGCAGCAUACAUAAUAACACGGCCAAUUGCGUUUGCUCACAGCGUCAUAAACCCGGUCUUUUAUGUUCUAAUGACAGACAGGUUUAGAGAGCUGCUGCAGGAAAAGUGGCAGCAGUUUGUAAGAACGGCAAAGCUUAGAAGAUUGUCCUGA